CUGGGCUCAGUUCGAGCAUUGCAUGUUGUUUUGUUGGUAUGCUGCACGCAGGCGAUCACGUUGUUUGCUCGGGCCACGUUUUCCCCUUGGCCAGGGGGUGCCAUGCGUUUCGCGGCAAGCGUCUCCAGCUAUGCAGCUCGCAGCUGCGCCGGCCCAGGGUCAAAUCGGCCAGGGGAUGGCCUAGCCUUGGCUCGCCAACCGUUGGCACUCCAGCGCUUCUUGCCCGCCGGAGGGGGUGCCAUGGAUCGCGGCCUCGCCUACAGCAGCAAGAUAUGCGCUCAGCGGGAGCAUGAGCGGAGGGCGGAGAUGCACAAGCACCGGCUCCGCAGCGUCAAGCCGAGCGUCGACACGUCGGAGCCCCGCACCUUCCAGCUGGCCCACAUCCACGGCAACCUGAAGAAGGAGCAGAUGCUCGAGGAGCGGUACACGGAGAUCGACCGCGAGAACCGAAUCUUGCUGCAGAAGAUGUCGAACAUCAUGAAGCAGCCGCUGUCCGCCAGAGGGCCUGGGCCUACGGCGCCUCGGGAACCGCGACGUCUGUCAGCGGGGCCUCGCAGUCUCCACAGCGACGCCCGCAAGAAGGAGCUGCUGCGUAUUACCAGAGAGAACCAAACCAUUCUGAAGCGGAUCCAACAGGCGCAGCCCGUCUACAACCACGUUGAGUGGGAAGGGAUGAACCGCCGAAACAUUGCGUACUUGAGGAACAGCGCGGAGUACCCGUUGGUGCUGCGCUCCGCACGGGGCAGGACAGCGGAGAUGAUGCGCUUGGACACGGUCGACCGGGGAGGCACCAUGAGCGCCAGGAGCGCGCCGCAGGAGUCGCCGGCCGUGCAGGCAGCGGACCAGGCCGAGAAUCCCAACAAGCUCGUGCUGAGCAAGAAGAUGGUCCUCGAAGUCGACGGGGCCGGCGCCUCAUCUGGUCUGAGCACUUUCGUCGUGGAGAUGAUGACGGAUGGGCGUUUGUUGCAGAUCUCGGCGCACGACGAGGACUCGCAGGUCUCCCUGGACCUCGCCGUGAGCGAGAAGAGCCACCGCAGGCUUUUCAGGGAGGCCGACGGGGAGUACUUCCGCAUUGCCCAAAAGCUACGAGUGCUCGGCGGGCGACUUGCGCUGGACGAGCCCGCCGACGCCCUGCCGCCGCUGCAGCCGGCACCGGCGCCGCCAGCGCCGCCGCAGCGGGCGUGGGCUGCGGCGGGGGAGGUGGACUCGGAGGCUGCGGCGACGGCGCCAAAGGCGAAGACUCCGACGCCGCCAUCGUCGAGGCCGGCGUCCAGGACCAGCGGCCCCGCGGGGUCCGACCUGCGCCCAGGGAGCCGCCAGUCGCAGGCGAGGCCCGCGUCGUCGCCCUCGGCGGCCACGGCGGAGGAGGACGACGAGCUGGACGCCAACGGCCUGUGCCGGGGCAUCCGCGGCGGCCUGCGCGCAGAGGCGUUCGCCCUCUCGAUCCCAUGUCAGUCCCUGGUGAUCUUGACCGGCAGCUCUGAGGCGUACCGUGGCCUGGCUGCUCCAGGGGCCCGCGCUGCGUGGGGAGCGGACCUGCAGGUGCUGCGGCUGGCCGCCCUCGGGGAGUUCAACAGGCUUGCGCCCUCGGCAGGUUUGCACGGCCCCUGCGCUCUGCAGCUCUGGGAUGCCUUAGAUCUGCUGCCCGCGGCACCUUCUCCGGACUCCACGUGGAGCCUGAGGCCCCUCGUGCGCCAGUCCGCCUCGGUGCACCCCGACGUUGCCCGCACGCUGCUUGAUCCCUCGCGGCCGCUUGCCGGCUGCGAAGUGACCAUCAACGUGCGAUUAUAUGCCAUAACCAGGUCUGCCAGACACCGCAUCCUGAAGGUCCCGCCGAACUCGUUCGCGCUUGCCGACUUGAUCAGCACGGGCACGUGGGCGCCCGGCCCCGCCCUCGCUGCGAUGCGACUUGCUGCCUGGGUCGCCGCAAAGGACGCAGCCAACGUCGCGCUCGCGGGCUUGAGGGUCUUUGCGGACGCGUGGCGCGAGCGCGCAAUGGAUUUCCUCCCCACUAGCGUUGUCGCAUCGGACCAAUGGGCCGCGUCGCUAUGGGAGCAGACGGAGUCCAUGCUGCGAUGCCUUAUGGCCGUCGACGCCGCCACAGUCAACGCCCAUGGCGAGCGCCUGCAGCGGCGCCGACGGCAGGUCUUGCAAGCGGCCAACGCAGCAGCGCGCCGAGGGCUGCACGCGGCCGCGGCCGUUACGCGCAGACCCCGCCUGCAGCGGACGCGCGCGGCAGACGCCGCUCAGGCACUCUUCCCGGAGAACCUUCACCGCACGAUCCGUCGGCACCGGCUGAGCGGCCAUCCGCACCCCCGCAGGCGCGUGGGACACCUUCGCCCGCUGUGCCGGUGGUGCUGCGAAGGCGGCGCUGGCCAGGUCUCGCACCGCCUGGAGUGCCGAGGCGCCUGGUUCGACUACACGUACAAGCCGCCCCCAGAAGUGGCCCAGGCCCUGGCCCGCGCCGCGGCCCAGCGCGCAAAGGUGUGCCCCGCGUACCCGGCGGGGCGGCCCCUAGGAAUCUCAGCCGCCAGGGCCGCUGACCUACGCAGGUGGCCUGGCAGCACGGGCAGGUCACCAGGCCCAGCGCGAGCCGCCCGUCUCACCAGGGCCCUGGCGGCGAUAUGGCGGCUGGCGCAGCGGCGGCCUCCUAAGUGCAACUUCGCUCUGCGCAGCAGCCUCUGA